CACUGUUCCACAGGGUUCGCCAUUUUGAAAUAUUGAGUUUUGCGUCGUAAUCUACAAAAUGGCGGUAGCUUUUCGCUUUACACGACAGCUUUCACAAACAGCAGGGUCACUUAUGGCCUCUUGUAGAAGAAACCUGGGUAUGGCAUCUGUCUUAAUGGCAAAAGCGGACAAGAGUGUUGAUCCCAUACAGAAACUGUUCGUGGAGAAGUUACAAGAGUACAAAAAGAAGAGCGCAGCCUCAGGGGACGAAUUGGUCGACUUCACACCCGACAAGAAAGCUAAAAUGGAGGUAGAGAUGGAUCAGAUACGAAAGCGAUUUGGCGGAGGAAAUCUGGAGGAGUUUCCAAAGUUUGACUUUGAUGAAGCCAGCGCAUAAGACAGGAGACUGUACUUUGAUUAACUUUUUAUCGGUGAUGGUACGAUGAGUGUGUUGAACUGAAGGCAACAAGAAGAUAUUUGGAUUGUGCCUCUUGUUCUGUGUAUUAUUUGUAAUGAAACGGGGCUCAUUUAAAUCACUGUAAUUCUCUAGAAUAAAAUCACAUCUCAAAAAGUGUUGAUUUAACUGAUUAUUUUGCAUUUUUAAUAAGCACUACUAACCUAUAGGAAAAAUCUGAAGAGAAGUUUGCUUUCUAAUUACUUCCCACUGUAAUUUUAUUUUGUAGAUUCUGUGUUUUAGUGCAUCUGUUUAGUAAUAGAUUGUAGAUGACAUAAAAAAUUGAUGAGAACUGUAAAGUGGCACACGAGGCACAGCCAAGUGUCUUGCUGAUAUUUUUAGCACGUUUUCUACAGACCCAUGGCAACAUGGAAUGCAUUUGUUUUAUUUGACAAAAAAAAGCAAGUGUUGACAUGA